UUCUCAUGGCACUCUCUGUAAUGUAUAGGAGACAGGCUUUAGGCGCAGAAUUGUAAUUAGAUGUCCCUGAUCGCGUAUAUUUGAAUGUUUUGGAGUCGAUUUCAUAGCAUAAUUAUGCAUUUUCCAUCAGCGGUGAGCCAUGGGAAGGUUAUUGAUGCUGUGGUGAUAUUUGAUUUGUGUGUGGAGGUGGGCUGAAGGAAAAGGCAUAUGCCAAGCAGAGAGAGAAACAGCCUUAAUGGGUUUCAGUGUGAAUUGGAAAAAGACACGUGGACGUAUAAAUGACUGCUGCCUCGUGGUCAUUAUUGAAAUACAGGUAUUGUCGUCGCAGGAGAGAUUGCAUUAUCUCCUCAUCAGUGUCUCAUUUUAUUGAAGGACUCGAGUUUACCUAUUUAAAAGGCGUCCCAAGUGCUACUCAGCCCACCCCCGCCGUUUGACGUCAUCUACCCUUAUACAAAGUGUUUUCUCAGCUCUGCUCGAUGAAGGAUGCACUCCCACUUUCAUCCAAGUGCCCUCAUCUUCUCCUUUUAUCCCCAGUGAAAAUGACAAUUUCUCCAAAUGUCAUUUCUCCUUCCCCAUACGCAUUUCCUGUCUGCAGAAUAUGAAGCCAUCAGCGGUGCAGACACUCCGUCUCUCUGUAUUUUGCAGCAGCAACUAUAGAAAGGGUUUUUUAAAAAACAGAUGACGUUAAGGUAGAGAGAAUUGUAAACGCAAAUCUCGUGUUUGUAACAAGGCUCGAUUAAAACCUGAGCCAUGUAUCCCCCCAAAAGACAAAGGAUGUUCAUCCAUACGCCUCAGACAGUUUGAAGUCAUUGUUCCAGAGAAAUCUUAAACCUGCAGAAAUUGAACACCGUGGUGCGGAUGAAAUAGUGGCUUGGUUUUCAGAAGGUUGCUUUAACACAGGCCUCAAACAUCCCUCGGAGCUCUUUGUUGCCUUCAUUUAUCACACAUUAUUUUGAAUUCAUUCAGAAAACAAGUCCCUAAAGCCUCUGAUGCUGCAUGCAAGCCGAAAAGACUCUGCUUGCUUCAAUUGUGCUGCAUUUGCACAAACGAGAGAGAGAGACCGUGUUGUUGUUUUUGCUACUCUAAUGAGAUGGCAAGUGAUUUAUUUAUGAAUUACUUGUUUGGAACAGACCCCUUGUGCGUUGUUUGUGUGUGUGAGGGGGGUGCGUGUGGGUGUGUGUAUUCGCUGGAGUCAAGUCCCUCAGUGAUUGCUGGUGCAAGUCUGUGUCAUCCUGAGUUCGUACUCACCUCCAUGUGGGCCUUUGGGAAGAGCUAUAUCUAUCUUGGCAUGUCCUCGUGUGUGUUGGAGGUGGGGCUGACUCAUUAGGCAGGUGUCAGCAUCAACUCCUAUAUUGCUGCAUGCCAAACAGGAGCUCCCGGCCCGUGCAGGGAAGAAUUAUGACGCUCAUAGAGCAAGCAAAUCACCAUCAAUCGUUGUACAAAGGAUAAUGAGUUGCUGCAAUGGCUUCAGUAUUUAUUCCUGUCAGCCCCCAGUGUCGGCGUUGAACAAGCCUCAUCUUUGAUUUCGAUUUUUUUUAUGAAUUUAUUUUUAGAAUGUCCACGCAAAUGUGACUAAGGAUAGUGCCGCUCAAUGCUCAUGAAUACAUGCAAGCUAUAAAGGUUGAUUCUCGCGCGUUGGGUCACGACUCGCACACUGACGCACCACCCUCGAGAAAUAUGCCACCAUGUUUGGUGGGCAAACACGGAAGCAGCGAGGCUCCCUGCUCUAUAUAUACAUAGAAUAUAUGUACAUAUAUAUAUAUAGCUGGACAUAAUGGUGUGGGUGUGAUGUGCACGGCGGGCGCGCGAAUAAAAAAGACAAGAUGCGCAGUGAGGGCGCACUAAUAGUUCCGCCUCGGGGUUGUUGAAACAGGAGUUGAAGGCGAGCAGUGAGCCAGUCAGCCAGUCGCUGGUCACAUGUUGCAGCGUCAUCGUGUAGUAAAGUUGCUCGACUUCCACACAGGCUCCCCAUUCCGAGUUUGGCGGCUCUCUUGUCUUGUCGUCGACAUCCCACCACUGGCUCGCUCCUCCUCCUCUUCUGCUGCUGCUGCUGCUGCGGCGGCGGCGGCGGCAUGCAGGCGACGACUCGGCAUAUACGCACCAUCUCCACCGGAGCCGUCCAGCCAUGGGAGUGCAUGACCUCAUCCAUGCAAUUUCCACCAUCAAUAAUUUAAUCUAUUUGCUCCAAACCUGAAGAGAUAUCGCGAAGCUUGUCAGGAGGAAAAGUAGCGCUAAAGUCGAAAUUAUACUCUGGGAGUUAUAGCCAGGACAGCCCAGAUGACUCUGUCCUGUUGAAUGGUCUGUUUUACGACUGGACAGCACAAGUUCCACCAGGUGAGAAGAGUGAUGACCAUCCUGUUCCUUACUAUGGUUAUUUCAUACUUCAGUUGCAUGAGAGCUGCGCCCCUGAGAGACGGCCCAGGCAUGCAGGGCCAUCGGACGGAAGGCUAUCUGGGUGCCGGCGCUGCUGCUGCAACGGUCGCCAGAGGCCGCGGGACUCCGCAGAGUAGUGGCGGGCCAGGCCAGCGUGGGAUGCCCUCGCUCUCAGACACCUUUGAGCAGGUGAUAGAGGAGCUGCUGGAGGUAGAGGGGGAGGCAGAGGCAGCCCAGAUGGGACAGGGGGCAGACAAGAGCCAGGGAGGUGGGGGUCUGGCUUCAGUCGUCACCACCGAAAGCAAGGAUGUCGACAUGUACGACUCGCGGGUGAUGAUCAGCAACCAAGUGCCUUUGGAGCCGCCGUUGCUCUUUCUUCUGGAGGAAUACAAAAACUAUCUGGAUGCUGCUAAUAUGUCCAUGAGGGUGCGACGACACUCCGACCCCUUGCGACGUGGAGAGCUCAGCGUGUGUGACAGUAUUAGCCAGUGGGUGACAGCGGUGGAUAAAAAGACGGCAAUAGACAUGUCGGGGCAGACCGUUACCGUCAUGGAAAAGGUUCGCGUCCCCAAUGGCCAACUGAAGCAAUACUUUUACGAGACCAAAUGCAACACCAUGGGUUACACGAAGGAAGGCUGCAGAGGAAUAGACAAGAGGCAUUACAAUUCCCAAUGCAGGACAACCCAGUCCUACGUGCGAGCUCUCACCAUGGAUAGCAAAAAGAUGAUUGGCUGGCGCUUUAUAAGGAUAGACACUUCCUGUGUAUGCACAUUGACCAUUAAAAGAGGGAGAUAGUGUAUGAAAUGUAUAGAUUUUAUUGAAGAGUUUAAAAAAGAAUACAGAGAAAAUAUCUAUUUGUAUAUAUGCAUAACAGGGUAAAUUAUUCCGUCAAAUGAAAAUUUUAUGGACUGCAUGUAAAAAAAGAUGAAGUUUAUACAGUAAAAGUGAUAUAACAGUCUAUUUAUUGAACAUAUUCAUGACCUUGUAAACGAUUAAAAAAAAUCUGAUCAGUCAUUUUGCUCCCACUUAAAUUACUAUAUCACAUUUCUCAAGACAUUGUGAUUUGUUUAUGUUGCCAACAUUUACAAAAUGAAGUGGAAAAAAUAAGCAAGGAAUGAGAGUGGACAGUUCCAUCUUCAAAAGCUUGCAUGCUGCUUCAAUUGUGAAUUGAGAAAUUCUCCACUUACAAAAAAACGAUAAGAGGCUGACCAAAAAAACUUUCCGUUUACAUACUCGGUGAAAAACAACUUUCCUCAAGUAAUUUAUCUGUUUACUGUUCUAAACUUCGCAAGGUAUAAUGUCGGGAUUACAUACUAUGUCAAGGUGCUGUUGUCAAAGCUUUGCUGUUUAUUUUUUUAUUCCCACCAGAGAAAGAUAUAUAUUAUAAAAAAUGUAUAUAUGUAUAUAUAUAUGUAUGUAUAUAUAGAUAUAUAUAUAUAUAUGUAUACAUA